CCUGAUUGCGAGGGUCUGAGCUGAUCACACGGACUGACGGUUUGCACUGAAAGCUCCUCGUGCCCAGCGGAACGCCCCGGCAACCAGAAAGUAGAAGUAAUUUGAAAGCACGUUAUGAAAGCAUUUGUCGUUGGAAUUAGUGGUGUGACAAAUGGUGGGAAGACAACCCUGGCCAAAAAACUCCAAAAACAGCUUCCAAAUUGCAGCGUCAUCUCACAGGAUGAUUAUUUUAAGCCAGAGUCUGAGAUUAAGAUCGAUGAGAAUGGAUUUCUACAGUAUGAUGUACUCGAAGCUCUCAAUAUGGAAACACUGAUGUCUGCUGUCUACUCCUGGAUGAAAAACCCAAGAAAUUCCCUAGAAUCAGAUGACCAGGAAAGUGCUGAGGAAGUCCCGAUUUUAAUCAUUGAAGGUUUCCUUCUCUAUACUUAUAAGCCUCUUGAUACUGUAUGGAAUAGAUGCUAUUUUCUGACCAUUCCAUAUGAAGAGUGCAAGCGAAGAAGAAGCACCAGGGUCUAUGAACCACCAGAUCCUCCAGGAUACUUUGACAUGCAUGUGUGGCCAAUGUAUCUAAAACACAGAAGAGAAAUAGAAGACAUUGCAAGAAAUAUAGUUUAUUUAGAUGGGACAAAAUCUGAGGAAGACAUUUUUUCACAGGUCUGUAAUGACUUGAUAGAAGAAAGAGCAAAGCAGAAAUGCCUGCAGAUAACCCCUGAGAUGCCUUCCAUCUCAACAUCUAGGAUCCUGUGAAUAGCUUCUAGAGAGGAUCCAUCAGAAUUCCUUCCAACAUGGAUUUAGAAGAGUUUAAAGAAGCUAUUCCAUCACAUAACCAAGAGAGUGAAAUACAUAAUGACCACUAUAGUGUAAAGGAAAACAAUACUAGAAGACUUCAAAUUACUAUAAUAACCAGUCUUGAUUCCAGAAAACUGAUGAUGAAAUAUGCUUCUCUCCUCUUGGUAAAGAGAUGAUGGACUAAAGGUGUGGAGAGCUUCAUAUCUGUAUGUGCCAUUAUCUGAUGGUCAGUGUGUUGAGGGUCAGAGGGUAGGGAAAGGUUUGCUCAACUGUUUUUUUAUUUUUUUUACGAGAGAGGGUUGCAUGGGAGUAUUAGGAACGGACAAUGAUGUAGAAAAAUAAUUAAAACCACCAGUAAGACAUUGAAA